AUGUCUUCCACUUCUCCUGACGGUGAAUGGGCCAUUCAGGCUUCCAACCUCACUUACCACCAUGUACAGACUACAGAACCUUCCCUCGUCGAUAUCAACCUCACUCUACCACAUGGUUCUCGCACAAUUCUAAUAGGCGCCAAUGGCGCGGGCAAAUCUACCCUCUUGCAGCUCCUCGCUGGUAAACGUCUUAUCUCCGGUCCUGGGGCCAGUGUCAAAGUCAAAGGUCGAGAUGUCUUUCGCAACACUCCGUCGGGUGUGACUUUCUUAGGGACGGAGUGGGCGAUGAAUCCUGUUGUCCGCGGGGAUAUAACUGUUUCGGCAUUCCUGGACUCUGUGGGCGGCUACAGGCAUAAAGAACGGAGAGACCACCUCUUGGAUAUUCUGGACAUAGACUUGGACUGGAGAAUGCAUAUGAUCUCUGAUGGAGAGCGGAGGAGAGUACAGCUUUGCUUCGGACUCAUGGUUCCCUGGGAUAUUCUUCUCCUCGACGAAGUGACUGUCGAUCUCGACGUACUCGUGCGAAGCGAGCUCUUGAACUUUUUGAAGGAAGACAGCAUUAAGAGGAAAGCGACCAUCUUAUGCAAGUCACUUCCCGCCUUAUAUCAUGCUACCCAUAUCUUUGAUGGUUUGAACGACUUCCCUACUCACGUCGCUCAUAUGCGCUUUGGUACAUUUGUGGAACCGCCGAUUACAUGGCCUUUGAGUUCCCUUGGGGAAGCCAAGUCUAGUCCACUUUAUAACGUCGCGUUGAGGUGGUUGCAAGAAGAUCGAGAAGAGCGAAGGAGGCUGGAGAAACAAGGGCGGAAGAUGCGAGGUGCUAGACGAGAUCAGACUGUGCCGUCAGAUUCUGAAACGUUCUACCGAAAGUAUGAUUACACGCACUGAGUACUAGUAUACUUAAAAUACAAUUUUUGUUGUGACU